ACAUGGAUCGUCACCUGAACAAAGGCGUGGUCAGAUUAGGGUUUGCGUCGGUGGUCGGCUUAUGGUCGCAACGAGCCCCCAGAAACGCUCUUUUUCGUGAUCCCCCAUCGUCGGAGCCACGCUUCUGCGCAGGCGAGCCGCUGUCUCUCAUCAUGGGUGCGUACAAGUACAUUGAGGAGCUGUGGAGGAAGAAACAGUCCGAUGUGCUGCGCUUCCUGCUGCGUGUUCGCUGCUGGGAGUACAGGCAGCUGCCCGGCAUUGUCCGCGUCACCCGCCCUAGCCGCCCUGACAAGGCUCGCCGUCUUGGUUACAAGGCCAAGCAGGGAUAUGUGGUCUACCGUGUCCGUGUCCGCCGUGGAGGCAGGAAGAGGCCAGUUGCCAAGGGUAUUGUGUAUGGAAAGCCCAAGAACCAGGGUAUUACGCAGCUCAAGUUCCAGCGUAAUUUGAGGUCUGUUGCUGAGGAGCGCGCUGGACGCAAACUUGGUGGCCUUAGAGUCCUUAACUCUUACUGGAUCAACCAGGACUCCACUUACAAGUACUUCGAAAUUAUCUUGAUAGACCCACAGCACACUGUGAUCCGCAAGGAUCCCCGAAUCAACUGGAUCGUGAACCCAGUGCACAAGCACCGUGAGUUGCGUGGUCUGACCUCAGCAGGAAAGAAGUACCGUGGUCUCCGCGGCAGGGGGCACUUGUACACCAAAGCCCGCCCUUCAAUCCGCGCUACCUGGAAGCGCAACAACACCCUGUCUCUCAAGCGUUACCGAUGAAGAUCUUAGGGUUAUUGAUGAUGUUCUCACUCUCAUGUUGGUCAGCAUCAAUUUAUUAAUGUUAUGACCCACCACAAUUUUGGAUUUACUUAUCCUUUCAUCUGCAUUCGUAUCUGAUUGGAGGUGCAAGGAACAUCAGCGUCACUUAGGUUUUGAACGACUGGGCGAGGUUGUUGUGGUGUGUUGUGUGCUGAAAAUGUGAAGAUAUUUCUCCAAAUAUAAGUUGGUUUUUUAUCUUU